CUAUUUGUUUGGGGAUACCCUCUGGGGCAGGGGGCCGGUCUCUGUGCUCCAGGUGGCUUUGGGACCGUCCUAGCCUGGGAGCGCUGGGCCCUUCCAGACCUCCCCCCCCUUCUGUCGACUCCCUCCCCCACCCCCCGCCCUACUGGGGUGCGCUGCUCUCUGCCCCUGCCCACCCUCCGUCGGGCAGCCAAGGCUCCUCCUUAGCUUUGGUCCUACCAGCCGCUGCCCGCCGGCCCUGGGUCCCAAAGAAGGGAUUUCCCAGGCCGGCUGGCCCUGGAUCGUGGUGCGCGCUCCCGGGAAAUUGGGGGUAGGGGCGGCCAGUAACUUUUAACUAGUUAGUUUUCACUCCUGGAAUUUGUUUAGCGCAGUCAGGCCCCGGGUCCCGGGUCUGGGAGGCGUCCGUGGAUUACAAGUCGUCACUCUAGGUGCUGGAGAGGGUGGCGCUGGGUGUGGUUGCUCUGGGGGUGAGGCCCUCUUGGCCUGAAAGGGCUGGAGGGAGGGCGUGGAGACGUGGGGAAAGCCUUCAGGCCUGGCUGGAAAGCAGCCCCGGGUGCCACUGUUUACAGGGAGUCUGCUCUGUGGUCAAGGGGUCAUCUCUGCCCCAACCCCGCUGUCUUGGUGGAUGCCAAAAGUGGAAGCCAGGGAAGGGCCUGGGCGGCUGCCCACCCUGGAGAGUACUUUGGGGUUGGAUAUACGUAUAAUGCAGGACAGCAGCACCCAGUAUCCUCCAGCUCCCUGUCUCCCGCCCCCAACUUCAGCUGAGCAGGGAGAAAGGGCGUGGGAAUUACGGCUAGAGGUCCAAAGCUUACCCCGAAAGAGGCUAAACCAAACAGGAAAGACCGGGGAACUUGGAAGAUGGCAUUUCGGGGCGCUCCAGGAGGAAGGGAAAAAGCAGGCCCACCACCUAGCCUGUGUUUUACUCUAAGCAAAACCGUUGACAGCUGAAUUGCGGCUGUGGGGUGGCUAUGUUCCUGGAAGCCAGUCUGGGCAGGGGCUGCAGAGGUGGCAGUGUUUAUAGGGGACCUGUUCCUUGGAAUGGGGGUGUGAGAGAGGGUGGUUCAUGCCCUGAAAAAUGUCCCUGCUCAGGGCCCAGUGGGAGUUAAUGGGUUAGCGUCUUUCUUCUUUGGGUGGUUCAAUACCUGUUGGAGACACUGGCUUUGACUUUUAAGAGACAGAGCUGAGUUCCAGGAGGCUGAGGUUCUGUGAGCAUUGGGAUUUGGGUGGCAAGAGUGUUUUGAAAGGGAGCUCUGGUUUAGGAGUGUUUGAAGGUGGGGUCAUGGUUAGUGGGUCUCCUCCCUCACCACUUCAUUGACCCCCCCCCCACAUGUGGCUUGGAUCUUUGCUGAUGUUUUUGGUUUACUCUCUUUCUGUACAGAAGAAGAGAGCCUUGGAAGGCCGGGCGUAGUGGCAAGAUUCGGCACAGCGCGCUCUUGCCUCUGAAGCUUUGGGUCCAGGCUCUGAAUAAAACAAUUUUCUAUGCCCCGGUUAACUUAGCUCUAAAAUUGGGAUUGUAAUAAUGUCACUUCUAAAUCACGAGGAUGAAAUCAGACAUGUUAAGUAGAGGAACACAUAAAACUAUAAAGUUUAUGUGGACAUAGAGGAGUGUUGUUACCAUGGUUUUUAUUAGCUUUUAUACCUUCUAUUGGGCGAGACAUGUCCCGGCUUCUUGUGGUUAAAAAAUGCUACUUGCACAGGUUGCACCUGUGGCGAGGGUUCAGUCCCUGGCCCGAGAACUUCCACAUGCCACAGGUGUGGCCAAAAAAAAAAAAAAAAAAUACUGCUUGGAGUGUUUUGUGUUUUGUUUUUAAAUUGUGAAUUGAAACAUGCCACUGUAGGAAAAUGUGUCAUCUAUAAAAGUAUAUAGGCAAGUAUAAAAUUCAGCCAUAAUCUUACCGCCAGGUAACCAUUAAGCAUUUACGGCACCGCUGUGUUGUUUCUUUCCCUUUUUAAAGUCUCUGUGCAUAUGUGUGCAAGUGCCUACGUUAUGUUACAAGAUGGAGACGCUUCUCUACAGUCAAUGUUGUAUGCUGCCUUCCCCCCUUAACUGCCCAUUUAAACAUUUCCCCAAAUCCAAUAAAAAUUCAUCAGGAUGCUCCGAUGUUCAUGGCUGUUUGAUAUUGCAGGUUAUGAAUGUCUCUUGAGCCAUUUUUCUCUGAUAUUUUGGUUGCUUCCAAUUUUCCCCUCGCUGCCUGUUUUUAUAGCCUUAGUUACUGGGUGGCAGGUGGAGGCGCCGCUGGCUGAGGUUCAGAAGGUAGGGAGGGUUCGCCUUGAAGGAGGUGGGGUGUGGAGGAGGCCGGGGCAGGGUUUCUCCCGGGUCCUGCCAUCUUGGGAGAAGGCUAAGAACGCAGGUCCCUAGAUCUUAAUCAUCCGUCUCCAUGGGUGGCUGCUUCUCUGUCCCCAUCACUCAGUGCAGUUCCUUGUGUUGGCCUGAUUGCUUUAAUUUUUUCUUGAUGUGUUGUGGAGCAACGCGGAUAAACCCUUUUCUUCAAAGCCCAUGAUCCGUCAAGAGGUGGACUUCAUGUGUCUGCCAGGCCCCAACACAGGACUGACCAGCACAGAAUUAAAAAUCCUCAAAAGCGGAGUUUCUGUUGUGGCUCAGUGGGUUAAGAACCUGACGUAGUAUCUCUGAGGGUGCAGGUUAGAACCCUGGCCUUGCUCAGUGGGUUAAGGAUCUGGUGUUGCUGCAGGCUGUGGCGUAGGUUGCAGACGCAGCUUGGACUCGGUGCUGGUGUUGCUGUGGCUGUGGUGUAGGCCAGUAGCUGCAGCUCCAAUGUGACCCCUAGCCCAGGAACUUUCCAUAUGUCGCAGGUGCGUCCCUUAAAAGAAAAAAAAAAAUCUCAAAAGCCCUUCACCUAGGGGGCCCAGUUUGUGGCCCAUUUUCCAUUUUUUUCCUUUCCCUCUCCCCAUCCCCCUAAGCUCGGGCAGGCCGGGACUAAGGAAGAGGAGGCUAGAACUUGCCCUGGGGAGAAUCCGCACGCCCUCGUCCUUAUAAGGGAAAAAUGCUCUUGGUUUGACGGCUUGAUUUGCUGCCCUACAAAAGCGACCUAAACCCAGGCUGAGAACACCCAGUGCCACCUCACCUGCCCACGGUGACCUGCCCACGGUUAGCCGGGCUCCCGGGGGAAGGUUUCAGUUGCAGGUCUCCGUAACUGGGUCAGAAGGCUCAGAAACUUUGGGUGGCCCAGAGAAAAGAAGACUGACUCGAGGCCCAGCACUCAGAUCCCCGUGGAUCCACCUGCGCGCUCAUCUCUCCCAGAUCAUGGCCCUCCACCCCCGAAGAGUUCGGCUGAAGCCCUGGCUGGUAGCCCAAGUGGACAGUGGCCUGUACCCUGGGCUCAUCUGGCUGCACAGAGACUCCAAACGCUUCCAGAUUCCCUGGAAACAUGCCACCCGGCAUAGCCCCCAACAGGAGGAGGAAAAUACCAUUUUCAAGGCCUGGGCUGUGGAGACGGGGAAGUACCAGGAGGGGGUUGAUGACCCCGACCCAGCGAAAUGGAAGGCCCAGCUCCGCUGUGCGCUCAACAAGAGCAGGGAGUUCAACCUGAUGUACGACGGCACCAAGGAGGUGCCCAUGAACCCCGUGAAGAUCUAUCAAGUGUGCGACAUCCCCCAGCCCCAGGGCUCCGUCGUCAACCCAGGAUCCACUGGCUCUGCUCCCUGGGAUGAGAAGGAUAAUGAUGUGGAUGAUGAGGAUGAGGAAGAUGAGCUGGACCAGUCACAGCACCACGUUCCCAUCCAGGACACCUUCCCCUUCCUGAACAUCAAUGGUUCUCCCAUAGCACCAGCCAGUGUGGGCAACUGCAGUGUGGGCAACUGUAGCCCUGAAGCAGUGUGGCCCAAAACGGAACCUCUGGAGAUGGAAGUACCGCAGGCACCUAUCCAGCCUUUCUAUAGCUCUCCAGAGCUGUGGAUCAGCUCUCUCCCAAUGACGGACCUGGACAUCAAAUUUCAGUACCGUGGGAAGGAGUAUGGGCAGACCAUGACCGUGAGCAACCCCCAGGGCUGCCGGCUCUUCUACGGGGACCUGGGCCCCAUGCCUGACCAGGAGGAGCUCUUUGGUCCUGUCAGCCUGGAGCAGGUCAAGUUCCCAGGUCCGGAGCACAUCACCAACGAGAAGCAGAAGCUGUUCACCAGCAAGCUGCUAGAUGUCAUGGACAGAGGACUGAUCCUGGAGGUCAGCGGCCACGCCAUUUAUGCCAUCAGGCUGUGCCAGUGCAAGGUGUACUGGUCUGGGCCAUGUGCCCCAUCGCUGGUUGCCCCCAACCUGAUUGAGAGGCAAAAGAAGGUCAAACUGUUUUGUCUGGAAACGUUCCUUAGCGAUCUUAUCGCCCACCAGAAAGGACAGAUAGAGAAGCAGCCACCAUUUGAGAUCUACUUAUGCUUUGGGGAAGAAUGGCCAGAUGGAAAACCCCUGGAAAGGAAACUCAUCUUGGUUCAGGUCAUUCCCGUGGUGGCGCGAAUGAUCUAUGAGAUGUUUUCUGGUGAUUUUACACGAUCCUUUGACAGUGGCAGCGUCCGCCUGCAGAUCUCAACUCCCGACAUCAAGGAUAACAUCGUUGCCCAGCUGAAGCAGCUGUACCGCAUCCUCCAAACCCAGGAAAGCUGGCAGCCCAUGCAGCCCACCCCUAGCAUGCAAAUGCCCCCUGCCCUGCCAGCCCAGUAAUCACGAAUGCCAUCUUCCUUCUUUUUUUUUUUUUUUACAAUAUUGUACAUAUUGAUAUUUUUUAUUAUUCAGAUUUACCCAACUUUUAAACCUUUCUUCUAACCAUAUUAGUACUCUGACUCUCCAAAUAUGCCUGGCUUUAAAAUUGAUUUAAUUUAUGGAAAAAUCACCCUCCAUGCUUUCCCUUUCCUCUUUUAAACCUCCUGAGAGUAGAGUAACAUAGUAGAAGGAGAGCUGGCCUGGGAGUUUGGAUACCAGGGUUCAAGCUGCCGCCUUGUUUCCAACAGUGUGACCUUGAACCGAAUCAUUUAACUUCUGUGCUUCAGAUUCAUUACUGUGAAGGGAAGGAGUUGGAAUGAUACUUAAAUAACACCAGGUUUAAAGCUCUGCCUUGAUGACUUCAUUCUACUUGUACAUGGCAACACUGCCUGGAACGGAACCCUUCUGCCUUGAUCUUGCACUGCUUUUUUUUUUCCUUGCUUUCAUUGAAGUCCCCUCAGGCACUGAUUUGCCCAGGAUUGAUCUUCGUUUGACCUGUUCUACUAGUACAGUCAGCUGGCUCCCGGAUGGGCAAAGGAGGAGGGAGGGGCCCCGGCUGGUUGCUUAGGAACCAAACUUGAUAUCUAAAUAGAAAUAGGUGCCAAAGUCUGAAAGUCACCCAGCCUGUAGAGUAAAAGCUCAUAAAUCGAGCUUCUAAAGGGAAGCUGUUAACAUAGAAGGCUUAGGGCGCCUGUAGAAUUGGUUGUCGGGUGUUCAACCUACCACCAUUUACAUGCAGGCAUACCUUGGAGAUACUGAGGGGCCCGUUCCAAACUACUACAAUUAAGUGAAUAUUGCAGUAAAGCAAGUCAAAUUGUUUUGGUUUCCCAGUGUGUAUAAAAGUUAGGUUUACAUUACACUGUAGUCUGUUGAGUGUGUAAUAGCAUUACCGCUGAAAAUACAAAUGUGCAUGCCCUAAUUAAGUUACUGUAAUUGCUAAAAGAUGCUAACCUUCCUCUGAGCCUUCAGAGAGUCAUAAUCUUUUUGCAAUAGUAACAUCAAAGAUCACUGAUGGCCAUACAAAAAGAUAAUGAAAAAGUUUUAAAUAUUGUGAGAAAUACCAAAAUGUUCUAGAGACAGCAAGUGAGCAAAUGCUGUUGGAAAAAUGACGCCAAUAGGCUUGCUGAUGCAGGGUCACUGCAGACCUUCAAUGUGUAAAAAACACAGUAUCUGCAAAGUGCAAUAAAGCACAAAUAACGCAAUAAAA